AAGAAGAAGACGCCCGGCUCUGCACAUCAGUGUGUCCGUCAAGGAACGUGUAGUAUCAUGACACAGGCAGAGAGAGAGCAGGAAAAUGAAAAAGAAAAAGAUAAAGAGCGAGAAAAGGACAAAGAAAAGGAACAACGAGGAGUCAAAAGGCCGAUUGUUCCACCUGUUAUUCCAGAGCCUUUACAAGAGCAAAUUCAGACCAACUUUGUGGUGGUGAUCAACCCCGGAUCUUUGACCCUCCGCAUCGGCCGAGCUACAGACACGUUACCCCUCACUCUUCCACAUGUCAUUGCUCGUAGACAUAAACAGCCUGGUCAGACACGCCAUGAGGACGCGUGGCUAAAACGAGAAGGCUUGAAUAGAGCAGAGAGCAGUGAGCAACGGCAAAAUGGUCUCAAGAUGGUGGACCAGGCCAUAUGGUCUAAAAAGAUGUCCAGUGGGGCCAGGAGAACUCCAGUGUCUGCAGAACAAGCUAGAGUGUACAACAGGCAGAUCCGUCCCGCUGUUUUGGAUCCGAACUCGAGGCAAAAAUGGACAAAUACAAUGCACCAGCCCGAGUACUUAAUAGGAGACGAGGCAUUACACGUGAACCCCACAGACUGUUACAACUUACACUGGCCUGUUUGUCGUGGUCAGCUGAAUGUCCACAGUGGACCUGGAGGCUCUCUGACCGCUGUACUAGCAGACCUAGAAACCAUAUGGUCUCAUGCCAUUCAGAAACUGCUAGAUAUUCCUCUCAAAGACCUAAAGUAUUACCGAUGCAUCCUCCUGGUUCCAGACAUCUACAAUAGACGGCAUGUGAAAGAAGUGGUCAAUAUGCUCCUUGUUAAGAUGGGCUUCUCAGCGAUCAUCGUCCACCAGGAGUCCGUGUGCGCAGCCUUCGGGAGUGGACUGAGUAGUGCAUGUGUGGUAGAUGUGGGUGAUCAGAAGACCAGUGUGUGUUGUGUGGAGGAUGGCGUGUCCCAUCGAAAUUCCAGGCUUUGUCUUGCAUACGGAGGGUCUGAUGUGACGCGAUGUUUCUUUUGGCUGAUGCAACGUGCAGGCUUUCCGUACCGAGAGUGUCAGCUGGGGAACCGUCUGGACUGCAUGUUGCUGCAGCAACUUAAAGAGACGUUCUGUCACCUUGACCAGGACAUAUGCGGAUUGCAAGACCAUGAGUUUCGCACCCGUUUCCCAGAAUCCCCGGUGAUGCUCUACCAGUUGCGGCUUGGCGACGAGAAGCUACAGGCUCCCAUGGCUCUCUUUUACCCUGCUGCAUUUGGAAUUGUCGGACAGAAGAUGACCUCUUUGCAGCAUCGUUCCCAAGGAGAUCCUGAGGAUCCACAUGAUGAACACUACCUACUAAGCACCCAGAGCAAACAGGACCAAUCCUCUAAGUCCAUGGAAAGGAAGGGUUUGCCCAAACCUUCAGGCUUUGAGGGUGAAUCUAGCAGCCAAGGAGGUGACCAGACUGAGAGAGGAAACCCAGACAUGGAGCUUGGCCAUUCCCAAGGAGAGGCUCUGCCCAGUGGUGCCGACCCAGAAGAUGUGCCUUCUGUCCUUUUGUCCAGAAAGUCAGCAAUGACUCAGUUUGAAGGCAAAUCUCUUGGACUGGAUAAAGCUAUUCUGCACAGCAUCGACUGUUGUGCUUCCGAUGAGACUAAGAGGAAGAUGUACAGCUCGGUGCUGGUGGUGGGCGGAGGACUCCUGUUUAAUGGUGCUCAAGAAUUCCUUCAGCAUCGCAUUCUCAACAAAAUGCCUCCUUCUUUCCGCCGCAUGGUUGAAAGCGUAGAGGUCAUCACACGCCCAAAGGACUUGGACCCUCGGCUCACGGCUUGGAAAGGUGGAGCAGUGUUGGCGUGUCUGGACACCACCCAGGAGCUGUGGAUCCACCAGGGAGAAUGGCAGAGAUUUGGCGCACGCAUGCUUCGUGAAAGAGCAGCCUUUGUAUGGUGAAUGUGUGCGUGCGUGCGUGUGUGUGUGAGAGAGUAUAAUUCAUGAAUGAAUUUAGCUGUAAAUAUCAUUUGCAAAGGUGAUUGCGAAACACUCUCUCUAUAUAUAUUUCAAUCACAUCAUUUUUUCCAGCUUUAUUUCUUAAAAAAACAUGCAUCCAAUGAAA